AUGGCAUUAGUAUCGGCUGCUCCAUAUUUGGCGUUGCUUGGCGAACCAGACACCAGCUUGAAAUCGUAUGCGUUAUCAUCAUUGAACGAAGUGGUUGAUCAGUUGUGGGCAGAAAUCGCCAACAACAUCACUGAUUUGGAGGAAUUGUAUGAAAACACUUCAUUCGAAAAAAGAGCUUUGGCUGCAUUGGUGAUCUCGAAAGUUUAUUACAAUUUAGGAGACUUUGAUGCUUCUGUGAGAUAUGCAUUGUACGCGGGCGACGAGUUUAAUGUCGAAGAACAGUCCCAAUAUGUGGAGACCAUUGUCAGUAAAUGUAUCAACUUAUACAAUUCAUUAUCACAACAGAAGUUCAGUGAUGACUCCGUGGUAAUAGAGUCUAGAUUGACGGCAAUUUUCGAAAAGAUGUUGCAGAAAUGUUUGAAGGCAAACGAAAUUAAAUUGACUUUGGGCAUUGCAUUAGAGUCAUACAGAUUAGACUUGGUGGAGUCGAUUUUAAAAGAUCAAGUUGCCGAAAAUGAAGAACAAGGACUCAAUUUGAUAAACUACGUUUUGGUUUGCUCAAACUCCACUAUAACCAACUCAAUAUUCAGAGUAAAGGUUUUAAACACGUUGAUAUCGUUAUUGUUGACAUUGAAAAAACACCAGGAUUUCUUCACUAUUAUCAAGAUAAUUGUACAAUUGAAUGAUUCACAGCUUGCAACCAACUUGUUUCAAGAAUUGGUGAAGCAAAACGAAGAAUUGAUUGCUUACCAAGCAGCAUUCGAUUUGGUAAACACUGCAUCACAGGAACUAUUAGACAAGGUUAUAGAAUCUUUGUCCACUGAAGGCAACGACACAACAGUGAAGAAGAUUUUGAAUAUAUUGUCUGGUGUGCCCACUUCCGACUUUGACAACACUUUUCUCUACAAAAACAACAACACAGACAUAACUAUUUUGAACAAGACAAAGAACCUAUUAGACGGAAGAAGUUCGGUUUUCCACUCAGCCGUUACUUUUGCCAAUGCUUACAUGCAUGCAGGUACCACCGACGAUUCAUUUUUCAGAAAAAAUUUGGAAUGGUUGGGCAGAGCAACGAACUGGUCAAAAUUUUCUGCCACUGCCGCUCUAGGUGUAAUUCACAAAGGAAACCUUUCACAAGGACGCACUAUUUUGAAACCUUAUUUGCCAGGCUCGUCCAGUGCCGCUCAUACUAAGGGUGGUUCUCUACUUGCAUUGGGAUUCAUUUACGCCGGUCAUGGUAGAGAAGUUAUCGGAUAUUUGAAAAAAUUUAUAGAUGAUAAUGGUAACUCAUCAGGAGUCAAUGAGAUUGAGGUUCAAUUACAUGGUGCGUCAUUGGGUGCUGGUGUUGCUGGAAUGGGCUCACAAGCGGACGAUUUGUAUGAAUCAUUGAAAGUGGUGCUCUACUCUGACUCCGCUACUUCAUCUCAAGCAGCUGCCCUAGGAAUGGGUUUAGUGUUGCUUGGAUCAGGAAAUGAAGCAGCUACCAAUGACAUGUUGACUUAUGCCUUGGAGACCCAGCAUGAGAACAUUAUCAGGGGUUUGGCUGUAGGUAUUGCGUUGUUACACUAUGGCCGUGAGGAAAAGGCAAACUACAUUAUUGAAGAUUUAUUGAAACAGGAGUCGUCUAUUUUGAGAUAUGGAGGUGCAUUUACUGUUGGUUUGGCAUUUGCAGGAACUGGUGACAAUGGUGCCAUAAAGACGUUGUUGCAUUAUGCAGUUUCAGAUCCCAGCGACGAUGUGAGACGAGCUGCAGUUUUGAACUUGGGUUUUGUCUUGAUACGUGAUUACACUGCUGCCCCUCAGUUGGUGAAGUUGUUAUCGCAAUCACACAAUCCACAUGUGAGAUACGGUACUGCUUUGGCACUUGGUAUCUCUUGUGCGGGCAGAGCUUACGCUCCUGCAAUCGAGGUAUUGGAGCCAUUAACCAAGGAUGCAGUGGACUUUGUCAGACAAGGUGCCAUGAUGGCAACGGCAAUGAUUUUAAUUCAACAGAAUGAAUUUUUAUUCCCAAAGGUGAAAGAUUUCACUAAACAAUUUGCUGAUACCGUCAAAAACAAACACGAGGACGCUUUGGCCAAGUUUGGAGCUGCAUUGUCUCAAGGUAUUAUCGAUGCAGGAGGAAGAAACGUGACGAUCAAUUUUGAAAAUGUGCAAACAAACACAUUGAAUACGAAAGCGAUUGUUGGAUUAGCGAUAUUCUCACAAUCAUGGUAUUGGUUCCCGUUGGCUCACUUUUUGUCGUUAUCAUUUGUACCAACAUCAGUAAUUGGAGUUAGAGGUAGUGAUUUGAAGAUACCAAAAUUCGAGUUAAACUGUCACGUAAGCCAAGAAUAUUUCCAAUAUCCCCCAAAAGUAGAGGAGUCAAAGGAGAAGCAGCCAGAUAAGUUGGCCACUGCUGUUUUGUCUACUACGGCUAAAGCUAAGACAAGAGCCAAAAAGAAGCAGGAUCAAAAGGAGGAAGAUGAUAAAAUGGAUGUUGAUGGUGACAAAAAGGAAGAUAAAAAGUCAGAAAAGAAGCCAGAAAGUAUAGUAAAGACCGAAAUGAAAGAAGACAAGGUACUGGAUUCGAAAGAUGAUGAUAAAAAGGAUGAGAGCAAAGAGACAAGUGCCCAACCGGCAGUAAUACGCUACACAAAAACACCCUACAAGAUUGGAAAUCUAUCCAGAGUAUUACCACAACAAUCCAGUUAUAUUUCAUUCAUCAAAGAUGAUCGGUUUGUACCUGUUAGAAAGUUUAGAGGAACCGGAAGUAUAAUUGUUUUGCAAGAUACCAAGCCAGAGGAGCCUGUUGAAUUUAUCAAAACUGUUAGACAAUUGAACAUAACUACAGCACCAUUACCCGAGCCAUUUACAUUGAGUGAGGAAGAUUUAGAAGAUGACUAG